AUGUGGACUUUGAAAGUGUGCAUCUUCGCCGCAGCUGCCAUUUUGAGUGCUGCAACAGCUGAAAACAAUUCGGGCGCUCCUGCCGACGCCAAGAAGACUGAGAAAAGGGGCGUUUAUGGUGGCUUCGGGACUGCAGGGGGCUUGGGUGCAAGUGGUGGCUAUGCCGGAUAUGGAGGUGGUGGUCUAGGUGGAGUCGCCAGCGCCGGAGCAUUCGGCGGAGGCGGCAUCGGAGCUGGACUCGGUGGAGCCGGCUUCGGGAGUGGACUCGGUGGAGCCGGCAUAGGAGCUGGACUCGGUGGAAGUGGAACGGGUGUGGUUCCAGUGGUGUAUGUGCGAAAUCAACAUCCAGUUCUAGUGCCUGUACCCGUAACCAGGAAGGUCCACGUAGUCAUCCCUGUGCCGGUGCCUCAGCCGGUUCCUGUCAGAGUGGGUGGUGGUGUGGGUCUUGGGGGCGGCAUUGGUGGAGGAGCUGGUGUAGGUCUCGGGGGCGGCAUUGGUGGAGGGGCUGGGCUUGGUGGUGGUUUCGGAGGAGGAGCCGGAUAUGGGGGUGGCUAUGGAGGAGGUGUCACUGGGGGAGCAUCUGGUCUCGGUGGCCUGGUCGGAGGCUACGGAGGUUACGGGGGUUACGGAGGUUAUGGAGGCUACGGAAAGGGAGGUGGCUUGGGUGGAGCUGGAGGUGUGACGGGCUACUCCAGCGUAACCAUUUCUACUGGCGGCGGUCAUCACUCCAAGGGGUAA